AUGGGCCUGAAGGACCAUCUGGAGGAUGGAACAGGCCACAACCUCAACCUGGGUCUGGAUUUGGACUACCUCCAUGUGGAAGGCACCGACCGCCAGGCCAGCUUGAGUGCCACAGCCGGCACCCACUCAGGAGCCUUGGAGGGAGAAGAGGCGGAGGUGGGAGGCACCCAUAGCAGUGUCAGUAGUAGCAGCAUCAGCAGUAGUAGUAGUAGUAGUAGUAGUAGUAGUAACUCCUCUGAAGAAAGUACUGCGUCAGACAGCGAAGAUGAGCGGGGGGUCCACCAUGGCUUUGGUUCUGAAGCUGAGACCCCCCACCCGCACCCCUGUCACCCUGCUGGCCUGGGCCCGGCACAGAUCCCCCCCACUAGGGACCCCAAACUCCCCACCGACCCCCUCACAGAGUACCGCUCCAAGAUGGAGUUUGCCCUGAAGCUGGGCUACUCUGAGGAGCUGGUUCUGCUGGUGCUGAGGAAGUUAGGGCCUGACGCCCUCAUCAACGACAUACUGGGAGAACUGGUCAAACUGGGCACCAGGACAGAGACAGAGCAGGCUGGGGAGUCUGCCGCCUCCCAGUCGCCCUCUUCUUCCUCCUUAUCCUCCUCCUCUCUGGACUCCUGCAGGCUGGACUGCUCCUCCCAGCUUCUGUUGGAUGACAAGGAGAACAUCAGGCCUGUGGUGGUGGAUGGGAGUAAUGUAGCCAUGAGGUGAGUCAACACAAACUGCUGCUGCAUUCAGAAACAUUUUACUCCGGUUCAUUUUCUAUCUGCAAGACCUCAUACACUGCUCUCCUGAUUUAUAGUAUUAUACAAAUAAACAAAAACACAUGUCAUGAUCAUGAAUUUGUGUGUGUUUCUCCACAGUCAUGGUAAUAAGGAAGUGUUCUCCUGUCACGGCAUCCAGCUGGCUGUUGAUUGGUUCCUGGAACGUGGUCACCGUGACAUCACUGUGUUUGUGCCCGCCUGGAGAAAGGAACAGUCCAGACCGGACGCCCUCAUCACAGGUAUACAAGCACUUCCAUGUCCACCCCCAACAUUCCACCCCACAAAAGUGUGCAAGUUUGAGAAUGUCUGUUAGGUUUAUAGAAUUGUAUUUUUGAAUCAGCAAGAAUUAGAUUGAGCAAUAUGCUAAAAGCCCCUUCUUAAAUUAAACUUGUUUUUGACAGUAUGGAGCAUAAUACCACGAGGGAGUUUAGAAGGGAGGAAUUCAAACUUUUAUUCCAUAGGCUGGGAUCCAUAAAGCACAUUUUUCACUGGCUGUCCACUGGGUCAUAGGCUAUUAAUUACGCCGAUUCUGUUGCAAAACUGAACUAAAUAUGGAGGGACCUACCUUAAUUUGUCCAAUAGAAACUCUCGUUUUGUUCUGAUGGCUUCCAUUUGGUUCUUAAACGGUAAACGGUUUCCGUAAUGAAUACACCCCUGGUCGUAAAAACAAUGAUUGAUAGGCAGCAUAAGUUUCUUCAAUUCAACCAUUAUUGGGUUAAAAUACACAUAUACAUUUGUGAACAGCCAUCCACAACAACCACAAUCCAUAAGGCACAAAUAGCUAAAUGAGAGCAGUGUGAUUCACAUCAAAGCCUUUUCUUUUGGGGUGUUGCUAUAGGCCACUAAGUGCUAACAGUCAGUAUCUAAAUAAUAUGUGUGAAAUGCUUGAUAGUGUAUGUGAUGUAAACAGAGAGGUCUACUUUCUUGGGGACCUGAAUAUUGACUGUUUUUCAUCAAGCUGUCCACUCAAGAGGAAGCUUCUCACUGUAACCAGUGCCUGUAAUCUGGUUCAGGUUAUUAAUCAACCUACCAUGGUGUUUACAAACACUACAAGAACAAGAUCCUCCACGUGUAUCGAUCACAUUUUUACUAAUACUGUAGAACUUUGUUCUAAUGCUGUAUCCGUACCCAUUGGAUGCAGUGAUCACAAUAUAGUGUAUAUAUCCAGGAAAGCCAAAGUUCCUAAAGCUGGGCCUAAAAUAGUGUAUAAGAUCAUACAAAAGAUUUUGCUGUGACUCUUAUGUGGAUGAUGUUAAAAAUAUUUGUUGGUCUGAUGUGAUUAAUAAGGCGCAUCCAGACGCUGAACUUUAUGGAAUUGCUUCUUCCAAUUAUUGAUAAACAUGCACCUGUUAAGAAACUGACUGUUAGAACUGUUAAGGCUCCAUGGAUUGAUGAGGAAUUGAAAAACUGUAUGGUUGAAUGAGAUGGGGCAAAAGGAGUGGCUAAUAAGUCUGACUGGCUGACUUACUGCAAAUUGAGAAAUUAUGUGACUGAACUUAACAAAAAGAAGAAGAAACUCUAUUAUGAAGCCAAGAUCAACGAUAUAAAGAAUGAUGGAAAAAACUUUGGAGUACUUUAAAUGAAAUUAUGGCCAGAAAGACAAAUUCAACUCCAUCUUUCAUCGAAUCAGAUGGCUUAUUCAUCACAAAACCAUUUGAUGUUGCCAAUUAUUUUAAUGAUUACUUCAUUGGCAAAGUGGGCAAACUUAGGCAGGAAAUGGCAACAACAAACAGUGAGCCAUCGUAUUCAUGCAUAAAAAUAAAAAUAAAUGAUAGAAAAGCAUUGCAAGUUUGAAUUUUGUAAAGUUAGUGUGGGAGAGGUAGAAAAAUUAUUUUUAUCGAUCAAUAAAGACAAACCUCCUGACAUUGACAACUUAGAUGGAAAGCUACUGAGGAUGGUAACUGAAUCUGUAGCCACUCCUUUCUGUCAUAUCUUUAAUCUGAGCCUAGAGCAAAGUCUUUGUCCUCAGACCUGGAGGGAAGCCAAAGUAAUUCCACUACCCAAGAGUGGUAAAGCAGCCUUUACUAGUUCUAACAGCAGACCUAUAAGCUUUCUGCCAGCUUUUAGCAAACGGUCGGAAAAAAUGGUGUUUGACCAAAUACAAUGCUAUUUCUCUGUAAACAAAUUGACAAUAGACUUUCAGCAUGCUUAUAGAGAAGGGCACUUAACCCUCCCAUUGUCCUAGGGUCAAAAUGACCCGCCACUGUGUUGAACCAACUUUAUUUAAUUUGUAUAUUUUUGGGAUCAUUUGUGAGAAGGAGGCAGUGAGACUUUAAAGAAAGUAUCACUGCCUCCUUCUCACAAAUGAUCAAAAAAAUAUAAAAAUUAAAUAAAGUUGGUUCAACACAGUGGCGGGUCAUUUUGACCCUAGGACAACGGGAGGGUUAACAUGUACUGCACUGACACAAAUGACUGAUGAUUGGUUGAAAGAAAUAGAUAAUAAUAAUAAUAAUAAUAAUAAUAAUAAUAUGCCAUUUAGCAGACGCUUUUAUCCAAAGCGACUUACAGUCAUGAAGAUUGUGGGAGCUGUACUGUUAGAUUUCAGUGCAGCCUUUGAUAUUAUUGACCAUAACCUGUUGUUGAAAAAACGUAUGUGUUAUGGCAUUUCAACCUCUGCCAUAUCGUGGAUUCAGAGCUAUCUAUCUAAUAGAACUCAAAAGGGUAUUCUUUAAUGGAAGCUUCUCUAAUGUCAAACAUGUAAAGUGUGGUGUACCGCAGGGCAGCUCUCUAGGCCCUCUACUCUUUUCUAUUUUUACCAAUGACCUGCCACUGGCUCAAAUGUAAAUGUGAAUGUCUGUCCGUAAUAAAGACAUCUACUUUUUUGACACCACACUCCAAAAAGCAAGUCCUGCAGGAUCUAGUUUUGUCUUAUCUUGAUUAUUGUCCAGUCGUGUGGUCAAGUGCUGCAAGGAAAGACCUAGUUAAGCUGCAGCUGGCCCAGAACAGAGCAGCAAGUCUUGCUCUUCAUUGUAACCAGAGGGCUGAUAUAAAUACUAUGCAUGCCAGUCUCUCUUGGUUAAGAGUUGAGGAGAGACUGACUCCAUCACUUCUUCUUUUUAUAAGAAACAUGAAUGUGUUGAAAAUCUCUAAUUGUUUGCAUAGUCAACUUACACACAGAUCUAACACACACACUUACCCCACCAGACAUGCCACCAGGAGUCUUUUCACAGUCCCCAAAAACAGUAUUAUAUAGAGCCAUUAUUGCAUGGAACUCCAUUCCAUCUCAUAUUACUCAAGUGAACUGCGAACCUGGUUUAAAAAAACAGAUAAAGCAACACCUCACAGCACAACGCCUCUCCCCUAUUUGACCUAGAUAGUUUGUGUAUGUAUUGAUAUGUAGGCUACGUGUGCCUUUUGUAUUUUUUUUUUUUUAUGUAGUUCUGUCCUUGAGCUGUUGUCUAUUAAUGUUCUGUAUUAUGUCAUGUUUCAUGUUUCGUGUGGACCCCAGGAAGAGUAGCUGCUGCUUUUGCAACAGCUAAUGGGGAUCCUAAUAAAAUACCAAAUACCAAUAACAAUGUGUUAUGUAGCUUAUAAUAGGCUUGUGAUACACCACAUGGCCAAAUGUAUGUGGACACUUGCUCGUCGAACAUCUCAUUCCAAAAUCAUGGGCAUUAACAUGGAGUUGUUCCCCCCUUUGCUGCUAUAACAGCCUCCACUCAUCUGGGAAGGUUUCCACUGGAUGUUCGAACAUUGCUGCGGGGACUUGCUUCCAUUCAGCCACAAGUUCAUUACUGAGGUUGGGCACUGGUGUUGGGUGAUUAGGCCUGGCUCGCAGUCUGUGUUCUAAUUCAUCCCAAAGGUGUUCUAUGGGGUUGAGGUCAGGGCUCUGUGCAGGCCAGUCAAGUUCUUCCACACCGAUCUCGACAAAACAUUUCUGUAUGGACCUCACUUUGUGCAUGGGGGCAUUGUUAUGCUGAAAUAGGAAAUGGCCUUCCCCAAACUGUUGCCACAAAGUUGGAAGCACAGAAUCGUCUAGAACGUCAUUGUAUGCUGUAGCGUUAAGAUUUCCCUUCACUGGAACUAAGGGGCCUAGCCUGAACCAUGAAAAACAGCACAAGACCAUUAUUCCUUUUCCACCAAACUUUACAGUUGGCACUAUGCAUUCGGAUAGGAAGCGUUCCCCUGGCAUCCGCCAAACCCAGAUUCAUCCGUCGGACUCCCAGAUGGUGAAGCGUGAUUCAUCACUCCAGAGAACGCGUUUCCACUGCUCCAGAGUCCAAUGGCGGCGAGCUUUACACCACUGCAGCCGACGCUUGGCAUUGCGCAUGGUGAUCUUAGGCUUGUGUGUGGCUGCUUAGCCAUGGAAACCUAUUUCAUGAAGCUCCCGACGAACAGUUCUUGUGCUGACGUUGCUUCCAGAGGCAAUUUGGAACACGGUAUUGAGUGUUGCAACCGAGAACAGACGAUUUUUACGCGCUACGCGCUUCAGCACUCGGCAGUCCUGUUCUGUGAGCUUGUGUGGCCUACCACUUCACGGCUGAGCCUUUGUUGCUCCUAGACGUUUCCACUUCACAAUAACAGCACUUACAGUUGACUGGGCCAGCUCUAGCAGGGCAGAAAUUUGAAGACCUUACUUGUUGGAAAGGUGGCAUCCUAUGACGGUGCCACAUUGAAAGUCACUGAGCUCUUCAGUAUGGGCCAUUCUACCGCCAAUGUUCAUCUAUGGAGAUUGCAUGACGGUGUGCUCGAUUUUAUGCACCUGUCAGCAACAGGCCAAAUCCAAUAAUUUGAAGGCGUGUCCACAUACUUCUGGCCAUGUGUCCUUACUAGUGUCCUUACCUCCAAGCGUUUAUUCAAGUUGGAUAAUCUUUGGAUGCUGACAGCAGUCGCACCAUUGGAAGACAUAGCUUGGAUUGUAGCCUACAAAAUCCUAUUCCUGCUCUUUUCCCGCGAUACAUCAAACGGAUAUGUCAUCAUAGAAGAGGGCACGACAAAGCCUAUUCCCCCUCAGGAGACUGAAAACAUUUGGCAUGGGUCCUCAGAUCCUCAAAAUGUUAUACAGCUACACCAUCGAGAGCAUCCUGACUGGUUGCAUCACCGCCUGGUAUGGCAACUGCUCGGCCUCUGACCGCAAGGCACUACAGAGGGUAGUGCGAACGGCCCAGUACAUCACUGGGGCCAAGCUUCCUGCCAUCCAGGACCUCUAUACCAGGCGGUCAGAGGAAGGCCCUCAAAAUUGUCAAAGACUCCAGCCACCCUAGUCAUAGACUGUUCUCUCUGCUACCGCACGGCAAGCGGUAUCGGAGCGCCAAGUCUAGGUCCAAAAGGCUUCAACAGCUUCUACCCCCAAGCCAUAAGACUCCUGAACAGCUAAUCAAAUGGCUACCCGGACUAUUUGCACUGCACCCCCCACCCCGUCCCCCUUUUUUACUCUGCUGCUACUCUGUUUAUUAUUUAUGCAUAGUCACUUUAACUCUACCCACAUGUACAUAUUACCUCAAUUACCUCAACUAGCCAGUGCCCCCGCACAUUGACUCUGCACCGGUACCCUCCUGUAUAUAGCCUCCCUAAAGUUAUUUUAUUUUACUGCUGCUCUUUAGUUAUUUGCUUUUAUUUUUUUUGCUUAACACUUUUUUUAUUUGUUUUACUUUGCAUUGUUGGUUAAGGGCUUGUAAGUAAGCAUUUCACUGUAAUGUCUACACCUGUUGUAUUCGGCGCAUGUGGCAUUUAUUUUUGGAUUUGAUUUGAUUUUUCAGUGGCAAGUCUGGCAUUAUGAGCGGGCCGCCUUAGGGGGCCCACCUACCGCACCUCCUUGCCCAUCCAAAUAAAAUAUUGAUCAUUUAUUUGACCAAGACACGCGCGGACAGAAAGACGCGUGAAUCUCAGUUAAAGCAUCCGAGCGAGACAGCGUCCCUCAGUCUGAGUAUGUGUAGAUCAUGUAUCUGAUGCUGUCUGGACCAAAACAGUAUGGCAUAUCAUACUAUACUGAACAAAAAUAUAAACGCAACAUGUAAAGUGUUGGUUUCAUGAGCUGAAAUAAAAGAUCCCAGAAAAAGCUUAUCUCUCUCAAAUUUUGUGCACAAAUAUGUUUACAUCCCUGUUAGUGAGCAUUUCUCCUUUGCCAAUAUAAUCCAUCCACCUGACAGGUGUGGCAUAUCAAUAAGCUGAAUAAAAAACAGCAUGAUCAUUACACAGGUGCACCUUGUGCUGGGGACAAUAAAAGGCCACUCUAAAAUGUGCAGUUUUGUCACACAACACAAUGCCACAGAUGUCGUCGUUUGAGAGAAUUUGGCAGUACGUCCAACCGGCCUCACAAUCGCAGACCAUGUGUAACCACGCCAGCCCAGGACCUCCACAUCUGGCUUCUUCACCUGCGAGAUCAUCUGAGACCAGCCACCCCGACAGCCGAUGAAACUGAGGAGUAUUUCUGUCUGUAAUAAAGCCCUUUUGUGGGGAAAUACUAAUUAAUUCUGAAUGGCUGGGCCUGGCUCCCCAGUGGGUUGGCCUGGCUCCCAAGUGGGUGGGCCUAUGCCAUCCCAGGCCCACCCAUGGCUGUGCCCAUGCCCAGUCAUGUGAAAUCCAGAGAUUAGGGCCUAAUUUAUUUAUUUCAAUUGACUGAUUUCCUUCUAUGAACUGUAACUCAGUAAAAUCUUUGAAAUUGUUGCAUGUUGCGUUUAUAUAUAUUUUCAGUAUAUUUCUGUCCAGACAACAUCAGAUACAUGGGCUACAUAUAGAGGGGGGCUGUUUCGCUUGCUCAGAUACUUUCUCCAGUGACAUAGUUUCAGUAGAGAGGAAGAGGCGAAGCGAGAGGGCUCACUCUCACCAACAUUUGUGCAGAAUAAGCCCAUUGUGUUUCUAUGGGCAUAAUUUGCAGACUUAAGCUUGUCACCUGCCUUCCCAUCUUUGGGACAAAGACUCCCAUUGUUAGGGCGGAGACAUCAUCUCGUCAUUAUAUACAGAUCUCUGGUUUCAGCCUCUUGCGAAUUGGAAAGAAAGUUGGCGGGUGCACAGUGCACUCUUAGGGUGCUGGAUUUCCCUAAAGUAUAUUGAUAGGCUAUAGUUACUCAUGUCUAAAUAAUAUUCAAAAUACUUCACCAGGGAGCAUGACUUAGACACAGAGGAUCAUUAGCUUAUUUUUUUUAUAAAUAGCUGUGGAUUGUUUCAAAUCACAAGUGUAUAGGCCUAUGCAUAUUUGGGAAGCAAUAGGUCUAGCUGAUUGAGUUGCGGCUUUCAGUGAUAAGCAUCUAAAAUAUGUGUGAAGAGAAUGUGUCUUGAGUAUAAUUUAAAAUGUUGCAACAAGAAGAAAGGGAAGGGUGUGUGGACAAAGAUAUGCCAUGUCUCUCUCCAGAAUGCUCAGCUCUUCAGAAUGCACUCAGCUGUCUCCCGCCAAUUCUUGAGCAUUCAUUGUUUCAUUGUGUGAAUUGUUUGCCCUUUGAUUGUUUAUUUUUUUUAACCAAUUUCCCAUUACAUACAGUUGAAGUCGGAAGUUUACAUACACUUAGGUUGGAGUCAUUAAAACUUGUUUUUCAACCACUCCACAAACUUCUUGUUAACAAACUAUAGUUUUGGCAAGUCGGUUAGGACAUCUACUUUGUGUAUGACACAAGUAAUUUUUCCAACAAUUGUUUACAGACAGAUUAUUUCACUUAUAAUUCACUGUAUCACAAUUCCAGUGGGUCAGAAGUUUAAAUACACUAAGUUGACUGUGCCUUUAAACAGCUUGGAAAAUUCCAGAAAAUGAUGUCAUGGCUUUAGAAGCUUCUCAUAGGCUAAUUGACAUCAUUUGAGUCAAUUGGAGGUGUACCUGUGGAUGUAUUUCAAGGCCUACCUUCAAACUCAGUGCUUCUUUGCUUGACGUCAUGGGAAUAUCAAAAGAAAUCAGCCAAGACCUCAGAAAAAUAAUUGUAGACCUCCACAAGACUGGUUCAUCCUUGGGAGCAAUUUCCAAAUGCCUGAAGGUACCACGUUCAUCUGUACAAACAAUAGUACGCAAGUAUAAACACCAUGGGACCACGCAGCCAUCAUACCGCUCAGGAAGGUGACGCGUUCUGUCUCCUAGAGAUGAAUGUACUUUGGUGCGAAAAGUGCAAAUCAAUCCCGGAACAACAGCAAAGAACCUUGUGAAGAUGCUGGAGGAAACGGGUACAAAAGUAUCUAUAUCCACAGUAAAACGAGUCCUAUAUCGACAUAACCUGAAAGGUCGCUCAACAAGGAAGAAGCGACUGCUCCAAAACCGCCAUUAAAAAGCCAGACUACGGUUUGCAACUGCACAUGGGGACAAAGAUCAUACUUUUUGGAGAAAUGUCCUCUGGUCUGAUGAAACAAAAAUAGAACUGUUUUUCCAUAAUGACCAUCGUUAUGUUUGAAGGAAAAAGGGGGGGGCUUCCCAACCGUGAAGCACGGGUGUGGCAGCAUCAUGCUGUGAGGGUGCUUUGCUGCAGGAGGGACUGGUGCACUUCACAAAACAGAUGGUAUCAUGAGGAAGGAAAAUUAUGUGGAUAUAUUGAAGCAACAUUUCAAGUUAAAGCUUGGUCGCAAAUGGGUCUUCCAAAUGGACAAUGACCCCAAGCAUACUUCCAAAGUUGUGGCAAAAUGGCUUAAGGACAACAAAGUCAAGGUAUUGGAGUGGCCAUCACAAAGCCCUGACCUCAAUCCUAUAGAACAUUUGUGGGCAGAAAUCAAAGGCCCGUCCAACUGAUUCGUUCUGGUGCCGGCCCUGCAUAGUGGUCUCUGACUUGUGGUGAGACUUGCUCAGCCAGAACAAAACUUGUGCCUUUUUUCAAUGCUGAUUUGAAUGUCAUUAAGAAAACAGAAAGCUGUCAAAUAUUUUUGGGGCAAACAUCAUUUCUGAAUUUAAAAGUAAUCCUAGAAGUAAUCGUUUUUAAAAAGUUUCUGUAAUCUGAUUACAAUAUUUUUGUUGGAAAUGUAACGGAUUACGUUUACAGUUUUUUUUGUAAUUCCUUACUCCGCAACCCGGCUAAUUAGAAAAUAUUUUUCCUUAAUAUAGACCCAAAUAACAGUUUGCCACUGGAGGGAAUGCUGAAGGUCCUUGUAUAUCUUUGUAAUUAGUAACACCAACUACAUACAAUGUAGGCCUCUAUUCAAUCCAUAUGGUGGAAAUUCAGCAUCACAGUUUGAUUGAAAUUUAAAGGCAAUGUUCCCGCGACAUGCUACAUGCAGUAAACGCUGCAUAGGCCUACAGGUAUGUUGUCUCAAUCUGAAAUUGCCUUUACAUUUCUAGUUUGCAAUCUGUAACACAUUAGCGAUACAGAUUGAGUAGAGCCCUUAGGUAAACAUGUUAUAGUUGUUGACUUUCUAGUACUUACCCACGGGCACAGACAUCAGUUCAACGUCUAGUUGUCAACUAAUGUGAAAUCAACCAAAAAUAUCACCCUGUAAUUGGAUUUAAAUUAAAAGCUGUGUGAAAGGAAUAUGAAAUUCUCUUAUGUUGGUGACUUUGCAAAUCCAACCAGUUUUCCACGUUGAUUCAACGUCAUCCCAUUACAUAUUUUGGUUGAAAUGACGUGGAAACUUUUUGGAUUGAACCAGUUUUUGCCCAAUGGGUACUUACUUUUUGUUUGCAUAGAUAUCUAAAAAUUUCCAAAACAUGUCACUACAACUCCACUCAUCACUAUUGGGAAGAGCCAAUUUGCUUGCCCUAAGAACUUUAAACAAUGCAUAAAAUGUUUUGCAGUAUAAAGACUUCAUUGAUCAUCAUUGAUCAACUUUUCAAUAUAAACAAAAACAUGUAUGAUGUGUAACUAUUUCUCAUUUUAAAGUGUUUUUCAUGGUUGCAAAGGGACGCAAAUGACACCGCAAUUCAAGAACGACCUUGUAGCCACUCUAGACUGUUUAAACUUGUCUAACCUUUUACCGACAUCAUAGCUGAUUUGCAUAUUGGUGGAAAUUACGUUAAACUUUUCUCUAGGCAAAAGCCAAGCCCUGGUUUUAGGCUACUUGACAUUUAAAUGUUUCAUAAGAGGAGACACACACACCUUAAAUCCUGGAGGGCUUGGUUCAUGAAUUCAUUGGUUUUGACAUGUCUUACCCGACAUAUCAGGACAGAUUCAAAUCUCCAAAGACAAACACACUGCAGGUGUCUGGUAUAUUCCUGGAGGCAUAAUGCAUACCCUCUCUCUCUCUCGCGCUCUCGCUUUUCUCUCUCUCUUCUCUCUCUAGACCAGGAGAUAUUGAGGCGUCUGGAGAAAGACAAGAUCCUGGUGUUCACUCCGUCUCGUCGGGUCCAGGGCCGCCGUGUGGUCUGCUAUGACGACCGCUUCAUCGUCAAGCUGGCCUACGAGUCCGACGGCAUCAUCGUCUCUAAUGACAACUACCGGGACCUGGCCAAUGAGAAGCCAGAGUGGAAGAAGUUCAUUGACGAGCGGCUGCUCAUGUACUCAUUCGUCAAUGACAAGUAAGGUCCCAUCAAGCCUAUAACUAUUAGUAUCUGGAGUUGUUUUUCCAGGGGGAUUGAUAUGUGGAUGUUGAGUGGUUAUCUGACAGUGUGUCUGGUAUGUGGUUGUGUGUCCAGGUUCAUGCCUCCUGAUGAUCCUCUGGGUCGCCAUGGUCCCAGUCUGGAGAACUUCCUGAGGAAGAGACCAGUGAUCCCAGAACACAGGAAGCAGCCCUGCCCCUAUGGUAACACCUAGCCAUCCUCUCUUAUACAUUAUUCAUCCAGCCUCCUCUGGCUUGUCUCAUGAUUGAGAGUUAACCACCCUGUAUUCUCUAAAGGGAAGAAGUGUACUUACGGCCACAAGUGUAAGUUCUACCACCCUGAGAGAGGCAGUCAGCCCCAGCGCUCUGUGGCCGACGAGCUGCGUGCCAGUGCUAAGAACUCCUCUUCCUCCUCCACAUCUUCCUCCAAGAGCCUGGGCAAGGCUCUGCUGGUGAAGAGCCACAGCAUGUCCAGUCGCUCCAGUGCAGAUGGGCUCCCAGACCCCCACCUAGCUGCCCCAAAGAGGCGGUCGGACCCCGGCCUGUGCACGCCCUCCUACAACAACCUCCUGGAGGAGCGGCUGGGCGGGAGGACCAAAGCAGAGGCCCGCAGAGGGAGUAGCAGCAGUAGUAGCAGCAGCUGUAGCAGCAGCCUCCUGGUCCCUGCCCCUGGGGGUCCUCCUUCCAGCCAAGGCUUCUCUCUGCAGGAUUGGAGGGACCACAACGCAGGGAGAAACGGCUCCUGCAGAGCUCCAAGUCUGUUGGGGCUUGGUCAUUCUGAGUCGUAUCCCAGCUGUGAGUCCCCAGAGCUGGGCUGCAACUCCCUGAUGAGGGCCUACUCCAGCCUAAGCCUGGUAGUGCCACGGAGCCCCGAGCGGCUGUUCCCGGCUGACCUACGGACGGGCUUGCUGGCAUCUGACUGCAGCAGCGAGGGCAGCAUGAGCUCUGACUCCUUCUCCCCUGACCCCCUGCUGGAGGAUGGCAUCAAAUGCCACCACCCCCAUCACCACCACAAUCACUGCCCCAGCCGCUACCCACACCACCCCAACCACCCGCCGCCUGGUCUGACCCAGCACCCACAUGGAGGCUCCCACCAUAGCUACCCCCUAGCUCAGAGCAUUGGGAGGCCACAGGGCUUCAGCUUGGAGGAUCCUCCCUCCUCCUUCCACUACUUCAAGGCCCAUCUCACCUACCUUCCUCCCCAUCUUCAGCACCCGUCUGUGGGGAGCAGCUCUGGCUGUUCUGAGGACUAUCCUCCCCAACCUCCACCCCAGAACUCCAGCCCCCACUCCCACUGUCACAGCUCAACUCUGGGGCAUAACCCGGGGGGCUCCACCUGGCAGGACAACAACAGCCUCCAGGACUCCCAGCUCUACGAGCGCUCCCCUGUCCACCCCAGAAGGACCUACCCUUGGCCGGGACAGGAGCAGUGGCUGGCCAGCUGGGACCCCCACUACCAGCAGCCCCCCCAGCCCUGCUACGAGCCCUUCACCUUCCAGUCCCAGCCUGAGGGCCACGAACAACCCUGGCACUCGCCCUGGCCCAGGGGGACACACUUGCCCCAUCCUCAACCCCCUUCCUCCUCCCAUCCUCCACCCCAACCCUCCAUGGCCCCCCAGCACCAGGGGGGAAGAUACCAGGACGUGAGGGAUAAGGUGUUUGUCAACCUGUGUAACAUCUUUCCCCAAGAGCUGGUGAAGGUGGUGAUGGGGAGGAACCCCCAUGUGAUGGACGCCCAGCAGCUGGCUGCAGCCAUCCUGGCUGAGAAGUCCCAGGCUUGCUACUGA